ACAUUUUUGAUAUUUACCUGCUUACAAAUUAUUCUCGCUCAAAUCACGCAAUACGAAUUAUAACUGAAUAUUUUGUCGACAACAGAAAAUAUUUUUAUUUGACAUGGUUGCAUAUGGAUGUAGUGUUUUGUAUAGGAGAGACUAUGUUAAUAACGACUGGCACAAUAUUAAUAGAAUAUUUUCAACAUAUUUGUGGAAUGUUUAGUAUCGCCUGAAAGCUACAUACGUUCACAGGGAAGAAAAAUUAUUUACAGCUAUUGUAUUGAUAAGGCGAUAAAAAUCACCAGUCGACAAGAUAUUGCUAUACGAAAUGAUAUAAUGCAUAGGAAUAUAAUCUGUGCUGUCAAUAUUCAUCGCAAAGCUAUAAAUGAUUGUUGUGACUUGCUUGAGUCUCAAUAUCUUCCGAGUGAGUUUUAUCCCGUUCUUAAAAAAAGGAUCUUAAACGAAUAUCCUGAAGUUCUGUCGCUUAGAGAAAACGUCGAGAAUUUUUUUCUGCAUUUUAUGUAUGUAAUUAGUAUAUUCACAUAUCUGUUCCUGGCUAACUAUAUUGGACAAGAAAUUAUAGAUCAUAAUAACCCUAUAUUCGUCACUGCAUACAACGUUCGAUGGUAUGCCGCACCGAUACAUAUACAGAAGCUGAUAUUGUUUCUGCUGCAAAGGAACAAGAAAAUUUUCGGCCUGAAUGUCGGUGGAUUGUUUACAGCAUCCUUAGAAUGCUUCAGCACGCUGUCGAGUGCAUCGAUGUCUUACUUUACCUUACUGCAUUCUACGCAGCAGCAAAAUUAAAACCUAACAUGGAAUAAUAUAUGUUGUAAAGUAGAAAAAGAGAGAAAGAGAAAUUAUAUCCAACUUCUUCGCCUAUAGUAAACUAUUGUAUAAAAUAAGUCGAACAAUUCCAACAUCUUAAAUUUCAAGCCCAAUCCUAAAUUGUUUGGCACUUUCAAAGUUAAAAAUAGAAUUUUAUUUGGUAUUGUUUUUAUUCCAUACAAUUAUACUUAACUGUCGAUAAUUUUACUCUUUUACUGAAGAUUACUAAUGUUAUUUUGCUACUUUUGCUGAAAACUGCUAAUGUUAUUUAUCAAUUUAAUUAAAUUGUGGUUUUAACAGCCAGCGAGUUUUAAUAGCAAGCGCGUGCGCUGGUAUGUAGCACUUCUACCUAUACAACGGUUGAUACUGCUUCUGCUGUAAAGAGGAAAUAAAAUAUUUGACUUGAAUAUCGACGGAUUGUUUCCAGUAUCUUUAGAUUCGCUAUGGUGAAAAGAUAUCAGUAUAAAUCAUGGUAUAUUCAUAGUAACAAUGUUUUAUAACUUUGAGUAAAGGUAUAUUAUAAAUGCAGUCAUCGCUUGUUUCAGUUGUCGGAUUCAUCGAUGUCUUACUUUACUGUCAUGCAUUCUAUACAACAAACAUGUUAAAGCUUAACACUGAAUAAUCGAAGAGUAGAGAAGAGUAGAGAGGAAAAAAGUUAA